UUUUUUUUUUUUUUUUUUUAUAUACCCCCUCCCGGAGCCAUGUUGUGGACACGGUGGCUCGUGUUGCUGCUGUGCCGGUGGGGUUCCGCGAGCGGCCAUUAUCAGCAGCCGAAGCAGGGUGACUCGAGUGCGGACCCCCACCGGCAGCGCUCGGCACCGCCGGUGGAGCCGCUGGAUUUUGGCUUCGUCCCGGCGGCGGUGUACGACACGCACGCCUACUACGAGCCCGGGGCGAUGGGGAUACUCUUCCACAUGGUCCACGCUUUUCUCUUCGUGGUCCAGCCAAACUCCUUCCCCAAAGAUCUGCUUGUUAAAGUCAUUCAGCAAAAUAUGGGAGGAAUCAAACUUGAAGAAUGGAGAAAGCCAGACAACGUUGUCCUCCUGCUCGAGGGAUUCUACUACGAGCUGGGCUUCCUGGUCUGCGCGACCGUCGGCCUCUUGUUCGUGGUCCUGGUCCCCGUGUUGGGCAUGUGCUUCUGCGUUUGUCGUUGCUGCGAGAAUUGCGGAGGAGAGAUGCACCAGAGACAGAGGAAGAACACCGACUGCCGACGAGGCUUCUUCACAGCCACGCUCGUCGUCACCACCGUUUUCAUUAUUGCGGGGGUGGUCGCGGCCUACGCGGCAAACCACAACAUGAGCUCCCACAUCAAGAGCACUCGGCGGUUCAUUAACACCAACAUCAGAGACUUGAAGACGUUCGCCAAUAACACGCCUGCGCAAAUCGACUACAUGACAGCACAAUACACAACAGCCAAGAAUCAAGUCCUGUCCGAACUUGACAACAUCGGCCCUUUGCUGGGUGGGAGGAUUCACGGUCAGCUGGAGAAGGAGGUCGUUCCCUCCCUGGACACGGCCCUGCGUAUGGCGGGAGUUAAAGUAGAGAAUGCAAUCAAAGCCAUGCGUGAGACCAAGGAGGCCCUGGAGAACGUCAGCUCUUCACUGCAGGUUCUCCAAGAAGGCACAAAUAGGCUGAAGGACAGCCUGUCCACAGAGCGAGCGUCGCUGUCCAACACGUUGUCGGACCCGGCCUGCACCAACGGUGCCGUGUCGCCAAGCUGCAACGCCGUUCGGUCCGCCCUCUUCCAGCUGGGUAUCGAUGCUGACUUCUCAAAGCUCCCAGAUGUGGACUACGCCUUGGAGAAUGUCCACACGGUCCUGAAGACAGACCUCAGCGACAUUAUACAGAGGGGCUACUCGUCCUUCAACGACACGCCGAGGCUGGUCAAAGAACAAACCAAAAACAUUGUAGCAGCGUUACCUCGGGUGAAAGGAAUGCUGGAUAAAAUCGGCUCCGAGAUCAACACCUUUGCCAAGAUGUUUCCGGUGGAGGCGUCGCUCGCCAACUUCACCCUAUUCCUCAGCCAGGGGCAGAAAAACAUCGAGUCCUACUAUGCCCAGAUCGACCAGAUGGACUUCUACAGGUGGAUCGGCUGCGUGGCGGUACUGUGCACGGUGGUCCUCAUCCUGUCCUUCAACCUCCUGGGGCUGCUGUGCGGUACGUGCGGCUACGACAAGCAGGCCACGCCGACCGCCCGCGGCUGCCUGUCCAACACUGGCGGGAACCUGCUGAUGGCCGGGGUGGGCUUCUCCUUCGUCUUCGCCUGGGCGCUGAUGGCCAUCGUCACCGCGCUGUUCGUGGUCGGCGGCAAUGUGGAGAAGAUGCUGUGUGAGCCGCUGGCCAACCGCCAGCUGUUCCAGAUCAUAGACACGCCUUUCCUCGUCCAUCCGGCCAAGAAGAACUUCCUUCCUGGGAUGCUGUUUCAGAACCCCAACAUCGACUUAACGCUGGGAAGCAUGUACAGGGAGUGCUACGAUAACAGCGGCCUGUAUCAUGCCCUGCAGCUCGAGACCAUGUUCAACAUCAACUCCUUCCUCAACAGGACGCUGUACAACAAGGACCUGGCCAAAGUAUUUGAGAGUGUGCAGGUGGACCUGCAGGACAUCACGCUGCUGGAGCACACGGGCAGAGACAACCUCAUCGACUUUGCCAACGCGGGCAUCGGGAUCAUCGACUACGAAGCGUACCUGGCUGAGGUGAAUAAGGGAGUCACACUUGUGGACCUCCUGACCUUCUCUACUGACCUGGAGGGCCAGGCUGACCGACUUCCACGCGGCGCCCUGGAGAAUGCGCUGAAAGGUCACGCCAGCAGCAUCCGACAGAUUCACAGAGAACUGGUGGUCCCCAUGGAGCAAGCCAUGAAAUAUGUCCGUGCCAGGAGCACCAUGAGUCAAAGUAUAAAGCAGCUGCAGAAAACCUCCAGCGACCUGCCGGUGAAGGUGACCAACAUCCUGAGCGCCAUUGACGCAGCGGAGUACCUCAUCAGUAACAACGCCUCACACGUGGUGAACCAGGAGACCAAAAUCUAUGCCCAAAGCUUGGUGGGCUACUUCAAACAGUACACAGACUGGGUUCACAACUCUCUGACUGCAGAAGUGGCUCAGUGUAAACCCAUCAGCAACAUUGUGGACAGCAUGGAGAUUGUAGCAUGCAGCUUCAUUGCAGACUCAGUGAAUACGUUCUGGUUCGGACUGGGACUCUGCAGCAUCCUCCUGCUCCCCAGUAUCAUCACCUCCAUCAAACUGGCCAAAUACUACCGAAGGAUGGACACUGAAGACGUCUUUGAAGAUAGCUCGCCCUAUAGUGACACCCUGAUCCAAUUCCCUCGAGCCUCGGCUCCCCCGAUCCGCUCCGACUGCUGAUCCAACAAUGGAGGUCUCCCAUGUUGCGAGGUCCGAGCGGACAAGAAAACUGGAACUGAAGCGUCCGUCAUCGUAAGUGCUCGUUUCAUCCCCAAGACACACGGGAGAAAAGCCAUUCGUUAACUGUUGGUUGAUUCCCGACGUCGCCACCGGAUUUGCCGUUCACGUCUUCGGAUGAUACCAAAACCAAAAGGGAAAAAUGUCACCAAACUCUGAAAUUGCCGGCCAACUGUCAUGUAUUUAUUCAAAGCUAGCUUAGAGUAUUUUUGUUUCCGCAUUCCCGCAUAGCGACUUCCAUCUGUAGGCUGUCGGUCGCAGGGAGACGACGUGCAAAUCUUUUCAUAUAUAUUUCUUCAUGUUUGUUUUUCUAACAUGCGUUUAGAAUGAAUUUUGGGGAAAUAGCCUUGUCAAUCAUGCUAGUAUGGUUUGUGCUCGGUAGGUGAUGUCAUGUUUUAUAAAAAACAAGAGAGUUUGACAAGUUGGGGAAUAUUAAAUUGUUGGUCUACGACGGCAAUCAUCCGGCUUUAGCGUAGCGUAGCAUAGCUUAUGGUCACGGAUCUCAGCAAUGGACGAUGAGAAAAGCGCUUAAAAAGCAAACGAAUAUAUAAAUAUAAAUAUUAUAUGGAUGUCAAAAGAAUGUCGUCUUUUUUGACAAUCAAAACAAAAUACUCGACCUUCGGAAUUGAUCACAAGCAAAGUCGUAAUAUUACAAGAAUAAAUUCAUCGCAAGAAAGAAAUGUUAGUUUACGAGAAAAAGCAUCAUUUUACAAAUAGAAUGCCAUCAUAUUACGAGGGGGAAAAGUGUAAUAAAGGCAUGUAUAAAUAUAACUGGGAUAAAGUUCAAAUGUUAUAUCAUCAAGGUUGGGAUUUCUACCGGGAUUAAUUCAUAAAAGACAAAUGUGUCGUAAUUUACCAGAGAAGGCAUCAUUUGAUGAGACUAAAACUGUUAUAUCAUGAUGAAGUAAACGUCCUUUUAGGAAAAUAAAUGUGUACUUUAACGAGAAGAAUGUCGGAAUGUGAGAAUGAAGUCAAACAAAAACAAGACAAAAGUAAUAGUACAGUGUGUAAAUUUGUAAUAUUAUGAGGAUAAAACCAUUUUACGUAGCGUAAUUUUACGCCAAUAAAGUUAUAAUAACAUGCUAAUAGUCGUAAUAUGAGCAUAAAGUCGCAAUGUUAUGAAUUGCUUAUCCCACAAAAAGGUGUCAUUUUCCAAAAAUAAAGCCGGAAUAUUAUACCAAUUGUUCUUUUAAUUUUACAAUGACAAAGUUGUACUUUUCCACAAAACAAAGCAUUAACGUCACAAGAAUCAAUAUUAUGUAAUAUGUAAUAUGAUGUGAAAAAUUCCGUUUGAAUUUUACAUCGAGGCUUACUCUGGGCGAGAGGCAGGGGGCACCCGGAACUGGUCGCAAGGCAAACGCAGCCAUGAGGAAAUCAAAUACAAAUUGGAAAGAUUUCAAGAGCGAAGUGGAACUUUUGUCAUCGUACUAUCAAGUCAUUUUAUAUGCCGAGUCGGGUUCGCUUUAACACACAUUAUCUUUUAGAGCUAUUUUUUUUCCUGAUGUUUCCAAAGUAAUGCUAAGGUAAGAUGAAAUGGUAAAAAAAAAAAAAUUGGAUGAAGUCAGCUUGGGAGCUGCUUUUCCCCAGAUGUUCCCAAGGUCAUGCGAAGGUAUCACCAAGUGUAAAAAAAAAAUGUAUUACAUUAGCUUGUGAACUGCUUUUUCCCGAUGUUUCCAAACUAAGAAAGCCAAAAGUGUAGAAAAACGGUAUUAGCUUGUGAACAGCUUUUUCCCGAUGUUUCCAAGCUCAUGCUAAGCUAACAGGGUGUGAGUGUAAAAAAAAGUGUUAAGUUAGCUUUUGAACAGCUUUUUCCCGAUGUUUCCAAGCUCAUGCUAAGCUAACAGGAAGUGAGUGUAAAAAAAAAGGUGUUACAUUAGCUUGUGAACUGCUUUUUCCCAAUGUUUCCAAGCUCAUGCUAAGCUAACAGAAAGUGAGUGUAAAAAAAAGUGUUAAGUUAGCUUUUGAACAGCUUUUUCCCGAUGUUUCCAAGCUCAUGCUAAGCUAACAGAAAGUGAGUGUAAAAAAAAGUGUUAAGUUAGCUUUUGAACAGCUUUUUCCCGAUGUUUCCAAGCUCAUGCUAAGCUAACAGGAAGUGAGUGUAAAAAAAAAAGGUGUUACAUUAGCUUGUGAACUACUUUUUCCUGAUGUUUCCAAGCUAAGAAAACCAAUGUUUCCAACCUCAUGCUAAGCUAACAGGAAAUUGUCAUCACUGAGCUCGUGUACUGCUUUUCACUAAGGACAUGCUAAGCUACGCAAACAGGAAUUGGAGGAAAAAAGUGACAUUAGCUUGUGAGCUGCUUUUUCCGAUCUCUCCAUGGUCAAGCUAAGCUAAACUAACCAGAAGUAGAAAAUAUGGUAUUUCGCACAAUGUUGAAAAAGUUUGUUCUUCUCAUGAAUGUGAAGGAUUAGAUGAAGUUACCGGCCACACAACAAACCCACUCCCGCUUAAAACAGUGUACAAAGAGGGCUAACAAUGUGUUUGGUUUUAUUUGAGUUUAUUUUAUUUUAUUUUAUUUUAUUUUUGCAAUUGGUGGUGUGUCUAAGAGGCCAAACACAAGUCACUGAGUGUAUGUGAGUGUGUGUGUGUGUGUGUGUGUGUGUGUCAAGGGGGGCUCAAAUCUAUGAAUAAAAAAAGUCCAACAAGUG